AUGGACUCGCUGGUGAAGAAGUCCCUGGCUGCCCCCAUCAAGCAGCUCACCUGCUGCGUGACGGCGGCCAAGGACAACGACAACUGGCUCAGCAGGAACACCAAGAGCCUGAAGGGGGGAAAAGGAAAGAGCCCCCCCUCCAGGACGGACAAGGCCAAGCCGGACCCAGCGCUGAUUCGCUCAUACCAGGCCGACCUGGAGAAGGAGAGGAAACUGAGAGAGGCGAGGAAUGCCCAAAAGAAUGCGGAGAGGGCAGCCAUGAGGGCCCAUUUCCGGAGAAAGUACCAGCUCUCAAAGAACUGCAAGGACACCAACCAGCUGAAAGCAGCGGGGGGGAAGGUGGCACUCCCCCGUGAACUGGCUGCAGUGGUGCGUCCUGAAUCCUCCUCCAAGGACGAGGCCUACAACAUAUUUGGUACCUUCCAGGGCAUUAACCUAAAUCUGGGGAUGCUGACGGGCAACGCACAGAAACAUAAGCCUGCGAGCGGGGAGCAAUGCCGGGUCAUAACAGCCACCAUGCUGAAUGUGUCGGUGCGGCAGUUUGCCUGCCCCACGCGUGGCCUGUCCGUUUCCAUGGCUAGACUGGGGAGUGCAGUCAGGGGGCGCCAAGUGCGGGGUUUUGAGGAGAUCCCUCACACUGGGAGCAACGGAUACAUCAAUCUGUUCUGGUUCUGGAAGGAGGACCGCUUCCAGUCACUGCACACAUACAUGGAGAGAACCUUCAACAGCCUAGGCCCCAUUUACAGGCAGCGGCUGGGCUCCCAGGAGACCGUAAACAUCAUGCUCCCAGCUGACAUCAUGGAGCUGUUCCAGUCCGAGGGGCUCAAUCCCCGACGGAUGACCGUGCAGCCCUGGGCCGCUCACCGCGAGAUUCGCAAGCACUCCAAGGGCGUCUUCCUCAAGAACGGGUCGGAGUGGAGAGCUGAUAGGCUCGUGCUAAACAAGGAAGUGAUGCUGGGCUCCGCCGUGCGGCGCUUCUUCCCUCUGCUGGACGACGUCGCUCAGGACUUCUGCCGUAUCCUGCGGAGACGAGUGGAGACGGAUGGCAGCGGGGAGGGCCGUCGCAGCCUGACCCUUGACCCCAGCCCUGACCUCUUCCGCUUUGCCCUGGAGGCCAGCUGUCAUGUCCUGUAUGGUGAAAGGAUUGGUCUGUUUUCCCCCAAUCCUUCCCGCGAAUCCCAGCUCUUCAUCUCUGCUGUGGAGCGAAUGCUGGUCACCACCACGCCCCUGCUAUAUCUACCGUCCAACCUCCUCAUCUCCCUGCACGCCCCCCUGUGGAUACAGCACGCCACUGCCUGGGACACCAUUUUCAGUCACGCUGAGGACCGUAUCCAGAAGGGCUACCAGAAGCUGCGUUCUAAAGCAGGGUUGAAUGGGCAGAGGCUUUCAGCGGGGGUCCUGGGGCAGUUGAUAGAGAAGGGGCAGUUGUCUGUAGAGCUCAUAAGAGCCAACAUCACCGAGCUGAUGGCAGGUGCAGUCGACACGGUGACAGUUCCCAUGCAGUUUGCCCUGUUUGAACUGGCCAGGAAUCCCAGCAUACAGGAGACAGUGCGCAGGCAGGUGCAGUCCUCCUGGGCUGCAGCAGGGGGCGACUCUCUGAAGGCCCUCCAGGGGGCGCCCUUGCUCAAGGCCACUGUGAAAGAGAUUCUCAGGAUGUACCCUGUGGGAAUCACUGUGCAGCGAUACCCUAUCAGAGAUAUUGUCAUUCAGAACUACCAUAUUCCUGCUGGGACACUAGUACAGGCAUGCCUAUAUCCCAUGGGGCGAAGCAAGGACGUCUUUCGAGAGCCGGAGAUAUUUAAGCCGACGCGGUGGGAGAAGUCAGAGAGGCACGCGGCCGGGGGGACGGGGCCGGGCAGUGGGUUCCUCUCUCUGGCCUUCGGCUUUGGGGCGAGGCAGUGCUUGGGGAGGAGGAUCGCUGAUAAUGAGAUGCAACUGCUGCUGUUUCAUAUCCUGUUGAACUUCCGUCUCAGUGUUUCCUCCCCUGACAACAUAAAGACCAAAUAUACUAUCAUCCUACAGCCAGAGACACCCCCCAGCAUCACCUUUACUCUCCUCUGACCAAUUCAGCUCCAUUUUGAAUUCAGCUCACAAUCCAUCCGUCGCUGAUGUGUUACACUACAGAUCUUAGUUCAACACGAUGCGUAUGCUCUGAUCAUUCUACU